AUGUCGACAACGUCGAGCAUUGGAGACUCAGCAGAGCUGGAAGGAAAUCUAACGCUAAGUGAUCGCUUAAAGGUGUUCAAAAGUUCUCAAUUUGAUCCCAAUGCCUAUGUCACCUCCAAAUGCCAGACUAUGAACGAGAAGGAAAUAAGGCACUUGUGCUCAUACCUGGUUGACCUGAAAAAGGCUUCUGCUGAGGAAAUGCGAAAAAGUGUUUAUGCCAACUAUGCAGCCUUCAUACGGACAUCAAGGGAGAUUUCGGAUCUUGAGGGACAGCUUAUUUCCAUGAGAAAUUUCCUGUCUACUCAAGCAGCUCUAGUUCAAGGUUUGAACGAACAUGCUGGCAUUGAUUCUUUGUGGGCUGCUUCUGAAGACUCUAUUGCAGAUGACUUAUCGAGUUUCGACGAUGGGGAGCUUCCGGAAUCGGAAGAUUGGUUAAUUGAAUUCUUGGACACCCUUGAAGUUCUAUUGGCGGAAAGGAGAGUGGAUGAAGUUAUGGAAGCCCUUGAGAAAGGAGAAAGAUUGGCCAACGAAGCCAGUAAGAAGCACUCUUUGAGCCCAAAUGCACUCUUUACUUUGGAGACUGCUAUUAGGGAUCAGCGACAAAAACUAGCUUAUCAGCUUGCUGACACCAUUGGCCAACCUUCGACUCGUGGACUGGAGCUUCGUUCAGCUGUUUUAGCUCUAAAACAUCUUGGAGAUGGUUCCCGUGCCCAUACAUUGCUACUCAAUUCUCACCACCAGAAGUUGAAGUCUAGUUUGCCGAGUCUUCGCUCAUCUAAUAAAUCAUGUGGAGGAGCAUAUACUGCUGCACUUUCACAGAUUGUCUUUUCCACCAUUGCACAAGCAGCAAGUGAUUCCUUGGCGGUUUAUGGGGAGGAGCCUGCAUAUACAUCUGAGCUUGUAACUUGGGCAGUCAAAGAGACUGAGGCUUUUGCUUUUCUUCUAAAGAGGCAUGUUCUAGCUCAAUCAGCAGCUGCAGGAGGUCUAAGGGUUACUGCUGAGUGCAUUCAUGUAUGCUUGGGUCAUUGUUCUUUGUUGGAAGCUCGUGGAUUGUCCCUUACUCCCGUCUUAUUGAGACUUUUUAGGCCUAUUAUUGAGCAGGCAUUGAAUGCCAAUUUAAAGAAAAUUGAACAGAGCAGCGCUGCACUUGCUGCUGCAGAUGAUUGGUUGCUCACUUAUCCACCAGCAGGUGGACGCCCUUUCUCUUCUACUGCAUCUCUUGGUAGUGUAAUGGCAUCACAGCCAAAGCUUUCAAGCAGUGCUAACAAAUUCAAUUCCAUGGUUCAGGACUUUCUUGAGGAUGUGGGUCCCCUUGAGAGCCUUCAGUUGGAUGGUCCUGCACUGGGAGGUGUUCUGCAAGUGUUCAACUCCUAUGUAAAUUUGUUAAUACGCGCAUUACCGAGUUCAACAGAGAAUGAAGAGAGCUUGGAAGGUUCAGGAAGUAGAAUUGUCAGGAUGGCAGAAACUGAAGCCCAGCAGCUAGCUUUACUAGCUAAUGCAUCAUUGUUAGCAGAUGAACUGCUCCCACGUGCUGCCAUGAAGCUCUUGCCAUUGCCUCCUACUAGAAUGGAUGAACAACCUAAAAGAGCUUCUGAAAGGCAAUCCCGUCUUCCGGAGCAAAGGGAAUGGAAGAAGAAGCUUCAACGCUCAGUUGAUCACUUGCGAGAUAGCUUCUGCAGACAGCAUGCUCUUGAUCUCAUCUUCACAGAAGAUGGUGACACUCAUCUCAACGCAUAUAUGUACACAAGUGUGGACGACAGCACAGAGGAGCCUGAAUGGUUCCCAUCUCCAAUUUUCCAGGAACUUUUCAUAAAAUUGACUCGGAUGGGAAGCAUAACAACUGAUAUGUUCAUAGGCCGGGAAAGAUUUGCAACGGUUCUGUUAAUGAGACUCACGGAGACAGUGAUCCUUUGGCUUUCUGAUGAUCAGACCUUUUGGGAAGAGAUAGAGGAGGGACCAAAACCUUUGGGUCUUCUCGGCCUUCAACAGUUAUAUUUGGAUAUGGAAUUUGUGCUGCUCUUCUCAUCCCAAGGUCGUUACUUGUCUAGAAAUCUACAUCAAGUUAUUAAAAACAUCAUAGCAAGAGCUAUUGAUGCUGUGGCUGCUUCUGGAGUAGAUCCUUACAGUACGUUGCCGGAGGAUGACUGGUUUGCCGAAGUUGCUCAAAUAGCUAUUAAAAUGUUGACUGGGAAAGCGAACUUUGGAAAUGUGGAACGAGAUGCUACUAGCCCCACUGCUUCUGUGUCAACAAAAUCUGUAUCAUCAAUCGUAUCUCAUGGGAGUAACUAG